AUGGGUGUCUCUGCCGUUCUACUUCCUUUGUACCUCCUGUCCGGAGUCACCUCCGGACUGGCAGUCCCCGCCUCGAGAAAUCAAUCCACUUGCGAUACGGUCGAUCAGGGGUAUCAAUGCUUCUCGGAGACUUCGCAUCUUUGGGGCCAAUACGCGCCGUUCUUUUCUCUGGCAAACAAAUCGGCCAUCUCCCCUGAUGUUCCUGCCGGAUGCCAUGUCACUUUCGCCCAGGUUCUCUCCCGCCAUGGAGCACGGUAUCCGACCGACUCCAAGGGCAAGAAAUACUCCGCUCUCAUCGAGGAGAUCCAGCAGAACGCGACAACCUUCGAGGGGAAAUAUGCCUUCCUGAAGACAUACAACUACAGCCUGGGCGCGGAUGACCUGACUCCCUUCGGAGAGCAGGAGCUGGUCAACUCCGGCGUCAAGUUCUACCAGCGAUACGAAUCGCUCACAAGAAACAUUGUCCCGUUCAUCCGAUCCUCAGGCUCCAGCCGCGUGAUUGCCUCUGGCAAUAAAUUCAUCGAGGGCUUCCAGAGCACUAAGCUGAAGGAUCCUCGUGCCCAGCCCGGCCAAUCGUCGCCCAAGAUCGACGUGGUCAUUUCAGAGGCCAGCACAUCCAACAACACUCUCGAUCCGGGCACCUGCACCGUUUUCGAAGAUAGCGAAUUGGCCGAUGACAUCGAAGCCAAUUUCACCGCCACGUUCGUCCCCUCCAUUCGUCAACGUCUGGAGAACGACUUGUCUGGCGUGUCUCUCACGGACACAGAAGUGACCUACCUCAUGGACAUGUGCUCCUUCGACACCAUCUCCACCAGCACCGUCGACACCAAGCUGUCCCCCUUCUGUGACCUGUUCACCCAUGAAGAAUGGAUCAACUACGACUACCUCCAGUCCCUGAACAAAUACUACGGCCAUGGCGCAGGUAACCCGCUCGGCCCGACCCAGGGCGUCGGCUACGCUAACGAGCUCAUCGCCCGUCUCACCCACUCGCCUGUCCACGAUGACACCAGCUCCAACCACACAUUGGACUCCAACCCGGCUACUUUCCCGCUCAACUCCACUCUCUAUGCGGACUUUUCGCAUGAUAACGGCAUCAUCUCUAUCCUCUUUGCUUUGGGUCUGUACAACGGCACCAAGCCGCUGUCUUCCACGACCGCGGAGAAUAUCACCCAGACCGAUGGGUUCUCAUCUGCCUGGACGGUUCCUUUCGCGUCGCGCAUGUACGUCGAGAUGAUGCAAUGCCAGUCCGAGCAGGAGCCUUUGGUCCGUGUCUUGGUUAAUGAUCGUGUUGUUCCGCUGCAUGGCUGUCCGGUUGAUGCUUUGGGAAGAUGUACGCGGGAUAGCUUCGUGAAGGGGUUGAGCUUUGCCAGAUCUGGCGGUGAUUGGGGGGAGUGUUUCGCUUAG